CAAUUUUACGCGGUUUACCAACUGAUUGGAUUCAUGCAGUGACAUUUGCGGAGAGCUGCUUUCAAACAAAUUCAAGAACGCGAUUCUCAACAGUGAAAUUCUCUUUGGAAAACUGUUAUGUGUGUUUAAAGCUGUGCAACGAAAAUGAGUUUAAAUCAGUCAAUGGAUUUUAUGCGGACAAAUCGUCGCGAAAUGGCUGCAUCAAUUCAACAGCAACAACAAAAUAAUCGUUCAUUCAUCAUGAACGGUUCAACAUUCGAUACAUUCAGUCAGGAUAAAUUUUUUGAUCGUGCCGCAUCACAAAAUUCAACAUUGAUGGAUGGUUCGGUGUAUGCAAAAUUGGAUCCAAACAUUGUCAAACAGAAGACCGAUCGUUUGCAUGAUUUUUUUCUGGAAAUUGCACAGGGACGGACAAAUGAAGCUGAACUAUUUGAUACCGUUCACAAUAUGAUUCAAGCGUGCAGUGAAAUUUUUGAUGAUAUCAUUCGAAAUGGCGGCUUAACCGGUGAUCGACAAUUGUUUGAGUGGUUAAAUCAAGAGCGUAACACAUGGAAAUUAUUGUAUUGUUUGUACAAGGAUCGUUUAUUAAAUCAACAAAAUAUGGAAGAGGCAAACGAUGAUGAGUUCUUUUUGUAUGCAAGCGAAAAGGAAAUUAUCGAAAAGUUAUACAAAGACAAUGAAAAUUUACGCGAAUAUCAGCUGAUUGUCGAUUGGCUUGAACAGUGUGAAACACAACGAAGUUUUGAUAAAUUUGGACAUUUUAUGGACGAAACAGUUUCAUGGGAGAAUACAUUACAUCAAUUACAGAACAUUGAUCGAACUGUAUUUAGUGGAAAAAAGAAUAUUGUAAAAAGUUUAGAUCCAGAUGCACCACACAGAGAGAAACUACCAUUACAUGAUUUAGAUGCCGAAGACGAAGAACGAAUUUCGAAAGAAAUUUUAUACGAAAUUCGACAAGGUCACUUGGAUGAAGCAGGGAGUUUGUGCGAACGAGUCGGUCAAUGGUGGCGAGCAGCAAUUUUGGAAGGCUGGAGAUUGCAUAACGACCCAAAUUAUAAAACAACAAAUACAUCAUUGGAAAAGUAUCCAAUCGAAGGAAAUCCGCGUCGCGAUCUAUGGAAGAAAUUGGCAUGGCAAAUGGCUGAAAAUAAUCGCAUGAAUGAAUAUACUCGUGCCUAUUUAGGUGUGUUCUGUGGUCAUUUAGAUGCAUUGAAAUCGAUAAUGAGUACAUCAUGGUUUGAUUUAUUGUGGGCCUAUCUCAAAGUUCAAAUUGAUAUACGUGUUGAAACGGAACUGCGUCAAACGAGCUCAAAAAGUUAUGUUGAAAUGCCAAAAAAGUACUGGAACAAUAAAAUGACCAUCGAAGAGAUAUUCAAUGAGUUGAGCACCCGUGAGAAUAUUCGUGAUGUGGCCGAAGAUAAAAUGACAAUCAUACGAAAAUAUUUGAUAUUAGACGAUGUGACUGAACUGAUGCGUAACAUCAAUUGUUGGUUGGAUGAUUUAAAAAACGACGGUCAAAUGCUUCGUUUCAUAACGCACAUUGUAUUAUUUAUGCGUCAAAUCGAUAGACAGCAUGAACAACAAGGUGAUAUUGGUAAUAAAGUCAUCAAAACAUAUGUGGAAUACCUAAUGAAAGAGUCAAUUGAACCGACUCUCGUUGCAUUUUAUACAUCAGCUUUGCCACAAAAUAUGCAAAUUGAUUUAUAUGCACGUUUCUUGGAGCAUAUUGAUCACAUUGAUGAACGUAAGCUGGCAUUAGAGGAGGCGCACACCAAUCGAUUGGAUAUUCAUAAAAUUGUCAGUCAAAUGGUUCAAAAUGUGUGUUUGGCACAGACACAAGACACAGCCAAAGAGCUUACCGGCACCGUAUCAUCGCACGAUGAAAGAAAAAUUUCCGCCCUCGAAUGGUUAACUUUCCAUGCCGAACAGUACAGUGAAUUAUUGUGGUUUUCAAAUGCGUUGAUUCGGAAUUUUCUCGCCGAAAAUAAAGUUGAAAGCAUUCGAAAGAUAUUUAAAAUCAUUCCACAAAAUGUUGUUCAACGAAUCCAAGAGAAUUACGGAUUGAAGGAUUACAUUCCGGCCAAAGUUGAAUGCAGCAUAUUUGAAUAUGCAUGUUAUUUGCUGUAUGUCGAAGCAUUGGACUCGUAUAAUGAUUGGCUUCGACAAUUUCACAGUAAACCAAAAGAACCAGAGACACUCGGCCCAAACGCUCCGUUCACAGAACGAAUGGCCAACGAACAUAAGAAACAAACCUAUUUGAGCGAGAUUGAAUGUUGGCGCAUUAAUUUAUUGGAACGGACAGCUGGAACCCAGUCAUCAAUAAAUAAAGCAUUGUUCCCGUCCGAAAAAGGUUUUUUGAUCGAUCCAGAUACGAUAAAUCCGAUUUUGGAUGAGGAUAAAAUACCGUUAAGAAAUCGCUUCGAGCAACUCGAACGAAUUCGAAAAUUGUGCAUUCCGCAAUUGGUUUUAUUGUUGCAUAACAUUCUGCAUUCGUCGGGCGAUUACAAAGGUGCCAUUCAAAUUGUUGAUGAUUUGGUAUCGGAAAAUUGUCAACUGUACACCGUGUACUCGAAACAUCAAUUGACCGAAAUUAUUGGUAAAAUUGCGGAAUCAUCGUUGGCAGCGCUCAAUUCAAAAUUGGAUCCAUGGGGUUAUGAUACUUCACUUUGAAUAAAUUUUAUUUCUUUUUUUUCUUUUAAGUCACGUUGAUUAGUCUUUCAUAUCAGAUUACCUUUGCCAAAUUCUCAUUUGCAUUUAGUAUUAAUUAUUUUUCUAUAUGUAACAAAAAACAAAACAAACACUUCGUAAAUAAAUAAGAAAAAACCC